AGAAAAUCCCUGCCACGUUUCUGAUGAUAACAUCUGAUUAGGACAGAUGAAAAUCCAAUCAGAGAGAUAAACUUAAAAAAUUUUCCUAUACAAAGACCGAACAACACGCGAACAUGGUAAGUAGCUACAUGAUUUGGCAUAUUCUCUGAGUUCAGCUUGUAAAAAAAUUUUCUUUGUUCACUUGCUAAUUACAAUUCUUAAUGACUGUUGAACUAUAGAUUGAGAGGUCUAGACGUUUUUAUUUGUCGCUACUUCGAGCGUUCAGUGUGCUGGCUCUUUGCUCGGUGUCUUCUAUCACCGCGAACACGAACUCUACCAAGACGACCGAGACACCAAACGGAAAUGCUCUUAAGAGUUUCAGUUGCGAGUGGAAAGAUUUGGAGUUCCCUAUCACUUAUGGACCAGGAAUUGCUGCAUCGCUGUGCGUGCUAAUCGGUGGAUUCCACUUGAUUUUUGGUGAGGAUAAAAUAGAUAGAUGUCUAUAUAUUUUCUCGAUUGCUUUUCAGCUGCGGCCGAUAGAAUCUUUCAAUCUGCACGCAUGCAUGGAUCACUGACAAAGUUUUUUUUGGCGCUUCUUUCAAACAUUCGCUAAACCAAAUUUUGAAUCCAAUAGUUCAGAGACAAUAAAAACAACCGGUGGAAAGCGGGUUUACAGGAAACGAGACAAUAAUGGAGAAAUAUGAAAAGUAAAUGUUGAAUAUAUUUGUGGCUGAGAAGAAUACGGAUACGCUAGCAUUGAAAACUAAAAGUUCGGUAACAUUACCGGCCUUACAUUGUAAAACAGCGACAGACAUGUCCCCCUGCAUUUGUAAGCUUUGACGUUAUCUCGAAAACGAUAGCACUUUUAUCGUGAAACAGUAUUAUUUUAAAAGCCCUUUGUUUUUAAUGUGAGCGCGAUCGGGUUUAAGAUGUUUACACGUUUUCACACGUCAAGAAAGUUCUGAAGAGGCAUGUAGAUGUAAAUGGUUUUUAAAUGCUUUCAUUGUACCUGUGGUAAACACGGUUACAGCGAGUACAGUGAUAUGCCGAUUACCGUUUUAUAAAGACCAAACGUACUUCUUUAUUCAUCGCCAUGGACUAUAUCGGCCAUAGCUAAAUUGGGAGAUGGGCUAAUUUUCGUUUCAUUAGCAUUUUAUAGGUUCAUCAUUGUUUUGUCUGUGCAUGCGUCAGAACAAAAGACGUGAUUCCAUCUGUUUGUCAUAUAAGGGAUCACUUGCCGUACUUAAAUUCUAAAAGUCAGCUGUUGUACACGAUAUCGUCGCCUUAGAACUAGAACACACUGGCUUUGCGAUCGUUUAUUAGCUUUCUGCUCUAUUGCUCACAGUUUACUAAACAAGACAAUCUCUAAGCAACUCGAGUUUGUGUGGUCUAUUUCUGGAGCCCCAGUUAAACAUCUGUUGUCGUCCACUUCGGGUUGAAACAAUUUUAGCUAAUUCGUACUGCAUACAGACCCGCCAUAUAUAUGCUAAGUAAAGUGAGCAAAGGAAAGCAAAGUCAAAGAGAGUGGAGAACCCAGUGGGGGGCCCUUCAAAAUGAAUCACAAGAGCCAUUUUUUAGGGCACAAAAUCUCAUCGCCCCCCCCCCCCCCCCCCACAAACACAAAAAAAUUUUUACACCGACAGCGCAUUUCCAGGGAAAAUAUAAAAAUAAAAAAAAAGAUGGGUUUCAAAAUCAAAUAUCAUUUUCAAUUUUUUAAAAAAAAACAAAAUAACACAAAACGGGGGUUUUAAUUUAAAAUAUUCACUGCUCUGCAACCACACAAAACACGGACAGUGUUCAACAGACCCAGCGAUAAGCAGAGACAAAGAGGGGAGACACGUAUAGACUGCAUGAGGAUGGGCUAACCCGGAGGGGGCCACCUAAUAAACCCCCCCCACACAAACUUUUUAGAAAGAAAACAUCCAGACCCCCCCCCCCCCCCCCACACGCACACACUAAAAGAUAUUUAAUCCGUAGAUGCAUAUGCAGAGUCAAUAUUAACCUAAAUCAAAGGAUUGAGUUCCAAAUCUAAUCUCAUCUUCAAAUUUUGUAAAAUAAUGCAAAUUACUGCCAAAGGGAGGUUUCAGUUGAAUGCAUGCAUGGCCUGACAGCACACAUACAUGCAGGGACUUUGUCCAAUUGACUUUGGGCUUCUCAUGAGCUGCCAAGAAGACAAAGCAGGCAUUCUACUGUCAGCCUUUUUAACCUGUGCUUUUAUUGUCAUUCCUAAAUUAAAAUGGCAGGGACCUUGCUCUUCUUAAUCUGGCCAAUUCAUGACUAGUUGUAUUUUUAUCAGAUUAGUCAUGGAAAUUGUAUCUUAACCUUAAGAUCAAUGUGAUCCAUUAGACAUCUUUUGUUUGUGUAUUCAGGGCAGUGGGUUAUCUUUCAAAAAAUCAUUAAUAUUUAAUCUAUGUUUGCUUUUUUGCAUUUAAAAAUAAUUCUUCUUCUUUUUUUCAUCCAGUAAUUUUUUAUUUAAACAUCCUCUGUCAGUUUUAUUAACUCUUUAUUGCUUUCAGCUUCCUAUCAUAUCAUUAUGAACUUAUUAUUCUCACUUUUCCCUUAGUCCAAAAUGUCAGCCAUCUUCUCCUGGGGAGGAGAGGGAUGACAUUUCAGACUACUUUUCCCUCAAAAAACCUAAUUGGUUUGUUUUGUUUUUAUUUUGGGGGGGAGGGGGUGUGGUUCAAAUUUAUUUUUACAGCAAACAAGUUAUUGACACUGCUUAAUUGCAUUAAUUUAGCUUUAUUAGGCCAGUUUCAAACGCUGUGCUACGGCCCUGAGGAAAUAAAAUGAUCAAAAUAAAUUGACUUUACAACGCAGUAGCGGGACGUUUGAAACCAAGUCAUGCUACUGCAGCUUUGCUGUGCUACAUGGCGGUAGCUUGACUUGGUUUCAAAUGUCCCGCUACUGCCGUACUACUCCUUAAAGGCAAGUGACUAUGGGGUUGUUGUUGUUUUGUAGGAUUCAAAAAGCAAAGAGCCACUCUAUUCCUGACUGGAUUUUCAUCUGCAGCAUUUCUUACAUACAUGAUAUGCUUAAUCAGAAGUUCUCUUCAUAUUCAGUACAUCCUUCUCAUAACAGCUGCUGUGGGCAUCUUUGGAGGAAUCCUCUGCACAACAGUGAUUUUCUGUGGACUAUUUACCAGUGGAAUUGUCGCUGGGUUUAGCUUAUCAAUGGUCUUCCUUUUUGGCUUGGCAUCACUGUACCAGUACACUACACUCUCAAUACCCAUUGGUGUACUCGUAAGUGUGAGCGUUUUAUUGGCAGGGGCUAGCGUUUGGUGGAAGCGUGUUCUUCUGAUCAUUUCAUCAUCAAUUUAUGGGGGUGUACUGAUAAUGGGAGGGAUAGACUACUUUAUUGAGGACUUGCGGUUGGUCCACCAUGCUUGGGACAAAGUUUUUAUAAAGCAAGACACAGGAAAACCUUGCUUUUUCUCUUGGAUCAUUCUUGGAGUUUGGCCUCUUAUGGUGCUUGUUGGUUUGUUAGUCCAGUUCCUUAAGACAGGAAAGAAGCCUCCAAAACCAGCAAAGGGUGAGAAUCAUCGUAGAAAUCAUUCAAGUCAAAAUGACCAAAGUUUCCAGCUUGUUUAAAGGUGCUUUGUAAUGAUAUUUUAUAGAAUAUUUGUCUGAAAAAAAGAAUAGCUGAGGGAUUUUACAAAAGUGUUUUUGACUUUCUCAUUGUCAUUGUCAUUUUCAUUUGUACAUAGUAUCACCAAAUUUAAGCAUAAAUUUUAUUAAGAAACAAAUAGCAUGUAACAGACCCAUAAAUCUAUCAUUUUAAAACUUGUUUGUUUCCCCUCUGCUUGUCCUUUUCUACUGGAUAGUAAUUUGGCGGAUAGUGCUAUCCAACAAUUUGAACGAGAACGGCCAGGACAAACUGCAACUUUAAUUUUCCAUACAAACACUUCAUUUUGUGGGUCGCAUAGUACUUGACAACUUGCACCUGUCACUUAUAUUAGAAAUGGUAGAUUUAAGCAAGUGGUCCGUAUAUAGUAACUUCUGACAGUAGUACACAUGGCAACAACUUUUUACAGCGAGUUACUGCUCUUCACCAAAAAUGUAUGGCCAUAUUAUGUUUUAACAUGAUUGACACUAUAAGUAAUGCACCUGCAUUUUUUUAUUUGUAUGUAAAUAAUACGUUUUAUUUAAAUUACAUGUAGAUUCUUUAUGCUUGCAUUAAGUAAAUGCGGAUCGGAAGGUUUGAGCAUAAAUAAAAUACAUUGUGUGGAGUUAUGAAUACUGUAUCAGUAAAUUGAUAAUUAUUUAAAAUAUUAUUUUUAAUUGUUUAGUUUCUAAUGGCAUCAGUACUGUUAAACUAUACUUACAUUCAACAGACAGACUAAAGGGGUGCCUGGAUUAACUCCCCAGUGACUUCUAAUGAACUGCUAAAAUUCUUUCUCAUUCUGUUUUGCUUAUGUGUUAAUCAAACGGAGGAUUGAUUACAGAUCAGUGGUCACUUGGUACUUUAUUCCAGGCACCCACAUACAAUGACUAUCAUUUAAGGGCCUGUUUACAUGGUGGUGGGUGACCCCACGUAGGUGACGUAACCCGCUUAGUUGGGGUAACCUGCCUGUCCAUAUAAUCUCUCAUUUCAAUUUGAUCACGUUUACAUGAUAGGUUGGGUGAUCUCCGCAUGGUACCUCACCUACCUGGGGUUCCCCGCCUCCAUGUAAACAGGCCCUAAGUCACUGUAAAUAGAACAUUUUUAUCACAAGAGUGGAUUAUUACUGACAGAGCUACGAGAUUUGUGUGAAAUAUUUGUAAGCCUGUUGUGUUCGAAGCUUGUAUAAGGGGGUUCAAAAUUCAAAGUUUACAGGUGUAUGAUGAAAAGCAUAAAUUAUCCAACUGACUUUCCAGAUCAAGGAGGGCCCCCCAAAGCCUUUACAUUUGGGAAGGUACAAGUAUGUACUUGUAUAUCCCUUCCAGUUGAAAGCUGCGAACAACUGCACUACUUUAUUAUACUGUUGCCAGCAGUAAUAUCUGUUAUAAUGUGUCAAAAGUUGAACUUUUUAACUUAAGUACCAUUUUAGAAGUUUUUGAAUUUAGGAACCAUGUAAUGCUGUUUGAGAGGGCAAGGUAAU